CGCUGACGGUGCCUCUCGCGCGCGCCUUCAGUGUUCUCCCAAAGCUUGUGGUGUGAGGGUGUCUGUCGGCGCGCUCGUGGAAACUGCUGAAAGACCUUGUUCGUAGAUAAACACAGACUCCCCACUUGGAUGUCUGAGAUUAAAAUGGUGGAGCUAAAAGCGAAGGUAUGCGUGGCCGCGCUCUGUGUCUGUGACCGCACCACGACCCUCAACCCCCACACCCCCACCUCCCCCACAGUCCUCCAACCCCACACUCGCCAACACACCCACAGCCUCCUCCACACACACCCGCACACCCACACCCACACCCACAGCCCGCCACAGCCGCAGCUCGCCGCGUCGCAGGUCAAGAUGUCGUCGGGACCGCAUGCGUCGAGGAUCGUGCGGAAGUACAGGAGGUCACGGCUGAAGCGGGUCAAGCGGCAGGAGUACAAGAAGCUGCGGGACAUGGUGCCGGCGCUGCAGGAGAAGCCCCGCGUGUCCAAGGUGGAGGUGAUCGAGGAAGCCAUCAAGUACAUCGACGAGCUGCACACGGCGCUGAUCGAGAGGUUUCGCACCAGAGGGCUUCCGGCUACGCUUAGAGAUCUGCCUCUGGACUCGCGGGAGGUCCACGGCGGCAACAUCCGGGACCUCGUGAGACACCUCCUGGCCUCCUCCAACCCCGCCUCCCUCCCCCCCGCCCGGAUCGAGAACGCCCGGACGCUCCCUUCCUUCAUCCAGAAAAUCGGGAAAACGAGGAGGAUUUAAGAGAAUGGGAUAAAGGAACGGGGGGAAGAAAGGUGGGGAGAAAGGGAGA